ACCAGACCGCUGUAAUCUCGUAGCUGCGCUGCUCUUCCACACACGGAGUUAUUAACGGGAAACAACGCAAGAAGGAUGCGGGAUUGAUCCAGAGAGAACCCUUUAUUUUUUUUUUUUACCGCAGACCUGCACAUUAUUUUGACUGAAAGCGCGCUUUUGAUUACGCACGGACCUCGCAAUGAGUCGCUGCUCCUUUUUGGAUAUUUUAACCUAUUGAAUUGGCUCGGGGUGGGAUACUGAAGCCUCCAAAACGCACGGACUACACGCGCUGCCCUCCCGUUGGACUAUAAACACGCGCUGCGGUUUCCAGGGCGACCUAACCUAACUUCUGUGUUUGAGGAAAUAUUUACUGUUCCAACAUCGUUUGCAGAGGGCAGCCGCUCAGUGUCGCGGUCACCAUGCCCGGGAUGACGGUGUCGCUCACCGGGGCAGCCUUACUACUCUUGUCCGGGCUGGUCGGUCCGCUCUGCGUGGUGCGGGCGUUCGGCGAUGAGGUGGAGGAGAUGACCUGCGACCCGAUCCGGAUCAGCAUGUGCCAAGGUCUCGGAUACAACGUCACCAAAAUGCCCAAUCUGGUCGGCAACGUGCUGCAGUCGGACGCCGAGCUGCAGCUUACCACGUUCACACCGCUCAUACAGUACGGCUGCUCCAGUCAACUCAAGUUCUUCCUGUGCUCAGUCUAUGUGCCAAUGUGCACAGACAAGGUGCCCAUCCCGAUUGGACCAUGUGGUAGCAUGUGCUUGUCUGUCAAGAGAAAAUGCCUCCCAGUGCUCCAUGAGUUUGGCUUCAUAUGGCCUGAGGUGCUCAACUGCAGCCUCUUCCCACCUCAAAACGAUCACAACCACAUGUGUAUGGAGGGUCCAGGUGACGAGGACCCACCCUACCAGCCAGUCCGCCAUCCUCCCCACCAGGAGGAGUGUCAGGCCCUGGGAUCUGCACCCGACCAGUAUACCUGGCUGAAACAGACUGAAAGCUGUACUCUCCAGUGCGGCUAUGACAGCGGGCUCUACCGACGAGGGGCCAAAGUCUUCACAGACGCAUGGAUGGCGGUUUGGGCCGUGCUGUGCUUCCUGUCGACCACUCUGACCGUCUUGACUUUUCUGUUGGAUUCGCAGCGUUUCUCCUACCCUGAGCGGCCCAUCAUCUUUCUAUCCAUGUGCUGUAAUCUGUACAGUGUUGCAUACCUGGUACGGUUGACUCUGGGCAGGGAACGUGUCUCCUGUGACCUUGAUGCCACAGCCGUACCAAUUCUAGUACAGGAAGGGUUAAAGAGCACCGGCUGUGCCAUAGUCUUUCUCCUCCUCUAUUUCUUUGGCAUGGCCUCCUCACUCUGGUGGGUGAUCCUGACGCUCACCUGGUUCUUGGCUGCUGGACUGAAGUGGGGCCAUGAGGCUAUUGAGAUGCACAGCUCCUACUUCCACAUAGCAGCCUGGGCCAUCCCUGCGGUUAAAACCAUCGUCAUCCUCAUAAUGAGGCUCGUGGAUGCAGAUGACCUGACUGGGCUCUGUUAUGUUGGCAACCAGCAGCAGGAGGCGCUCACAGGCUUUGUGGUGGCUCCGCUGGCUUCAUACCUUCUUAUAGGAACCCUGUUUAUCUGUGCUGGCCUAGUGGCUCUUUUCAAGAUCCGUUCCAAUCUGCAGAAGGACGGCGCCAAAACAGACAAGCUGGAGCGUUUAAUGGUGAAGAUCGGAGUGUUCUCUGUUCUCUACACAGUCCCAGCAUCCACUGUCAUUGGCUGUUACCUCUACCAGUUGUCUCACUGGGGGGAGUUUAGGGCCAGCACCAGGGAUUCAUAUGUGGCAUCAGAGAUGCUUCGAAUCUUCAUGUCAUUGCUGGUAGGAAUCACAUCAGGAAUGUGGAUCUGGUCAGCAAAAACCCUUCACACCUGGCAACGCUGCUCGGCCCGCCUGCUCAGGGAUAGCAGAGCGAGCCGAGCGGGCAAGAGGGCGCCAGGGGAGGGCUGGAUCAAACCAGGGAAAGGCAAUGAGACGGUGGUGUGAGGAGAAAGAACGAGAGAAAGGACAGGAAUGGACUUGUACCUGCUUCUCUCUCCCUUACAGAAACUCACUCUGCCUAAUGAAGGAUGGAGCGGUCAGAGAAUGAAAAGAUGAGGGGGAGAUGAAUAAUGUGGCACAGGAAUGCAGCGGGAGAUUCUCAAGGAAGCCACUGGAUGUGAUGGCACCAGAAAAGAUUGCUGAGAGCCCAUAAGCAUGCCUCAUCUCCUCUAACUGACUCGAAGUCUCUAACAGGAAUUAAGGAGGAGGAGGACUGAGUCAUACAUGAGUAGCAACACUAGCCUCUCUACCUCUGUUAGACUUUCUUUGCCCAGAGAGAUAGAGAAAGCAAAAAAAAAAAAAGAUGGAGAAAGAGAGACGGAAAAGGCAGAACAGAAGCAUCAAUAUGCAGACCAGACACACCAAUAAGCUGUGUAGCACCACGUCUACCUCUCUGUCUCUCUUUUCUCCAGAACCUCCGGCAGAAGAGACUGAACCUGCUGGAUACAACUAAACCCUUAUGCCAUUGUGUGAUUUUAGGGUCUUUUGAAGGUUUAAAUUUUACACUGGAGGGUCCUGGUGCAUAUAUUAUACAGAUGUAGGCUGAUGUUUCCCAAAAGUAUCACCUUGACACCACGAGAGCCCCCUUCAACAUGCGACAAUUAAAGGACAAAUGAAAUACCAGACCAAAAGUAACUUAAAUCAGAGACAUACUUAUAUCUCCAGCAAGUUUACAUUUGAAGAUUAUUCUACAUUUUUGUAAAUUAUACCUUUUUGUAUAAUAUAAAAUAAUAGGUAUUAUAGAUCAGAAGUUUUUGGGAAACCAGCUCUAAGCUGUAAUGAUGCACUAUAAUUAAAUACAAUAUGUGAAGUGUCUGCACUUGUCACAAGUGCAUAACCAGGGACGGCCUUGGUGGGAGUAUAUUGAUAUGCACAGAGCCAUUAACAGGGAGAGUUUGGUCAGUUUUCAUUACGCACUACACAGAAAAAAAAUCACAGGGUUUAUUGUUCAAACAUGUUAAAAAAAAUCACUUAACAGUUUUUUCUAAUCUGUCUUGUUCAUUUAGGUAAAGUCUGUGGUAGAUAUGAAGUCAUACCGCAAUGAAUCCUGGGAGUUCCCCAACUGUGCCUUUUAUUGACCUAUAAAUGGGGAAGUGGUAAGGCGUCUGGGAAAUGUAGGCCUGUGUGUUUUACCUCAGCAGUCUAGCUCAGCUAACUUCCAGUGAUGUGUGCAGUCUUCUUGGAAACGCUGCGCUGUAUAUGAUUUUGCGUUACCAUGAAAUCCAGGAAAUUAAAUUAUUCCCUCUGCUCUCUUUUUCCAAAAAUCAGACCCGAGGCUGGUUAAAGAAUUAGAGGCUAUUAGACAAUCACUUGCCAAAAGACACAUUACGCUGUAACAAAAGAGCUGUCACAGACGAGCGCGUGUGCAGGUAUACACACAUAGCAAUCAGUUCCCACGAAUCUCAUCCACCGGCUCAUCUUUGGCCAACUUAUGAUCGCUAUCAGAGGGAAAAGAAACACCAAUAAUAAGAGAGCGAAUCUGUCAAAUUUCAGCGGCCUGCUUUUCUUCUCGGUCUGUGUCCAUGUAUUUUUAUUUUUUCCCCAAAUACUUUCAGUUCAAUAAGGCCAUCACAGAAGCACAGUGAAAUUGGCACUAUUAAUAUGCGUGUCUGUUCUGCAUGUCCGUCUGUCUGAUGCUCUUGUCAGCCAACUACCUGCCUGUUUCUCUUUAACCUUGUCUGCUGCAUCAUGGCUCAUUUCCCAGACAAUCAAGUCAUCCCUGGAAAAGAUUAUUGUACACUACAUUUCAGAAUUUCAUGGAUGAUAGGGAUGAGAUUUUGAUACACUGUCGCGAGCGGUGCAUUUUGUUGAUAACAAGCCUUUUUCCGCCAUUGCAGUUCUUUUCAAUAAGUGCAAGUUUUAAUUUACAAUAAUUUGACUCCUCAUGUCUUAUUCUUGCAUUCACCAAAUUCUGCAACUGCUCCUGUUUACCCUAUAUUUGCCUGACAAUCUAUCUAGCAAAGCGCUUGUAUUUCAAAGUUUUUCGAAGUUUUGAAUGUAUAAUACAUGGUGUGUCACAUUACACCUUGUACAUCUGAGUAAACAAAAUUGGGUUCUGGGUAAUUGUAAUGUAGAAGGGCUUGAGUAAUUUGGAGCUUUGCCCUCCUCUGUCUCAUCUGAAACCAGUUAGUGCCUCACACUGCCUGUCAUGGGUAUUUUUUAGCAAAAAUAUUUAGAAUGGCAACAAAAAUUAUUUUUCCCAAAACAUGUUAAAUGUAACUUCACCCUUAUUGCAUUCAAAGAUACUUUUGGUGGUUCUGGUGAGACCUAGAACCCUGAAAAACCAGUGUUUCUCAAACCAGCAUACCAUGGCACACUUAUUAAAUUUCCAAAGUCAAACAAACAUUACAUUGAGUUAAAGUGAAUUAAAUUAACCUCUGACCACCUCCCCUCUGAGCUAAUGCAGUUUCCCCUCUUAAACUGUCUUAAUGUUUUGGCAGACCCCUCUCGUAUGAUCACACUGAGUUUCAGGUGACAUUUCCAAACAACAGUUGUGCCUCGAAACACGGUGAGCGUGUGCCACAGCCUAAUGAAGAUGGAGAACCACUGGUAAUACAGAUUUGUAAAUGCUUUUUGAGAAGCCCACAUAUGAAUCAGUGUUGGGGUCAGUUCACCGACACUGAUCGUAGCCUUUAAGGUCUAGACUGUUCGUUUGUGUAGGAAACUUAAUGUCUUGAUGAUGUCAUCAGUGUAUUAUAAAGAAAUUGCUAAUUUAUCCUUGUAAAAAAAAAAAACAGUGACAAAAAAUUUAAAAAACUUGUUUGUUAUUUAAAAACACUUUUGUAUCAGAAGAAGAUGAAUAAAAACUUUUUGGU